AUGUUAUCAAGUGCUAGGCUUCCAGGUUGUCCCGAUGGCUUUACUAAAUUCGAGGGAGCCUGCUUCAAGGCGUACCAUCAUACAGUUACCUACGGCCAGGCGAGGCAGUUUUGUGCCGGCAAGGGGGGACUAUUGGCCAUGCCCAAAGACAGGAGGACAGACGACUUUUUGUGGAAUCUGAAAAACGCAGCAGAUUCCGGGAGCUUUUUCUGGUUCGGUUUGAGCGACGAGAACUCGGAGGGCCGGUGGAUGUGGGAAGAUGGGACUGUUCAUAACGUGUACGCCGACUGGGGCAACUGGCAAGAGGGACAACCCAACAACCAAGACGGAAACGAAGACUGUGCGCAUUGCAAUUCUCCUGCAAAGCCGGGAUGGAACGACCUGUCGUGCGGAUACACAGCCAAGUUUAUCUGCCAGACGACAGGUGUGUCAGACGAUAUUAUCGGAAAUUAG